AUGAUAAGGUUGAUGGUAGUAGAUGCUGUUUAUGUUCUUGAUGCCAUUGUAGGCUUCGAUUCGAAUGACCAAGCAACUAGAUGUGCUUCAGCCUACAUUCCUCCUGGGGGCUAUAAACAAUUCCUUAAUAGCUAUGGGCUCAAAGGAAAGAGAUUGGGCAUAGUGAGAAAUCCAUUUCUCAAAAUUGUUGAAGGAUUAGGUUUAGGUCAGACAUUUGAGACCCAUUUACAAACACUAAGGGGAGAAGGUGCUGUUUUGGUAGACAAUUUGCAAAUAGCCAACAUCGAUGUUAUACUGAAUUUCAACUCAAGUGGAGAAGCACUAGCAACCUUAGCUGAAUUCAAAUUGUCCUUGAAUGCCUACCUUCAAGAGUUGGUGGCUUCCCCAGUGCGAUCCUUGGCAGAUAUCAUUGCCUUCAACCUGAAAUUCCCCGAUUUGGAACUGACAGAUAAAAUAGGCCAAGAUAUCUUUCUGGCAGCCCAGGCCACAAAUGGGAUUGGCGCUCAGGAGAGGGCAGCAUUGUCAAACUUGGAAAAUCUGUCGAGAAAUGGAUUCGAGAAGUUGAUGAGCGACUACAAGCUGGAUGCAUUGGUGACUGCUGGGUCAGAUGUUUCUCCUAUCUAUGCAAUUGGAGGGUUCCCUGCAAUUAUUGUGCCUGCUGGAUAUGAUAGCCAGGGGGUUCCUAUUGGCCUUUCCUUUGGGGGACUGAAGGGCUCGGAGCCCAAGCUAAUUGAAAUCGCAUAUGGCUUUGAGCAAGCUACCAAGAUUAGGAAGCCUCCUUCAUUCAAACCUUGA